ACAAAGGGCCAUCAUUGCUUCAAUUUGUGACAGCUUUCAUGGGUGCGAAUAUCUUCAAAGCUCUUGAACGAUAGACUCGACAUUUUUGAACAUCGCAGUACAAGUACUGUUCAGUACGGUGAAGCUUUAUAAUGAGUGCAGCAAAAACGGCUAUUCUACAAAAAUUAACUACUCACACUAGCGAUGUGACGUCACUGGAUUUUUACGGAAAUGCGCUGCUGGUGACAGGGUCAAGUGACAAAACGGUUCGUGUGUGGCGAUGGGUGGCAGGCAGCGGGUUCCGGGAGGAAUCGUUCUCACCAUUGCUCGGUCAUCGGUAUGGUGUGACGGGGGUGCGCGUAUCGCCAAAGGGAGCUGUUCUAGCAUCCGCCUCCGUCGAUGGUACGGUAAUACUGUGGAACCUGAGCAAUGGUGAAAUUUCCAAUGUGAUCAACCAAGAGGGUGGUGAAGCCAUUCGUUCGUGCAUUUUCAGCCCCAACGGAUCGACCAUAGUUAGUUCCGACGACAAUGGGUCCGUUUGUAUCUGGGGCCAGGAUAAAAGUUUGAAGUGCCACGUUAAAGUCCACGAUGAAGCUGUUCAUACGAUCGCGUUUUCUAGCGAUUCGAACAUUCUGCUGACGGCUUGCACGUUGGGCAAUGUAAGGCUAUAUGCCGUAGAGAAUGACGUUGCUGGUGAUCUCUCAUCUGCUGACUGUUCGAUCGAUGCCGCACAUGAUAUGGGGGUACUAUCGGCAGACUUUUGCAAAAUAGUUCACACUGAUCCUACCGACAAAUGUUCGUUAAUUUACACCGUCGCGACGUGCGGCACUGAUCAUUACAUCAAAAUCUGGAGGAUCUUCUUUAUGCCAAAUAACAUUGAUCGCAGCCGUCGAUCGCGACUUAUACCGACAAGCCCCCAGGAACACUUUGCGGGCCAAUCGACCAUCUACAGCACCGAAGUCAUGAAUGCUAGCUGCGUGCAAACCAUAUCAGCUCACGGCAGUUCAGUAACUUGCGUACGGUUUAAUCCAACCGGCACGCUGCUGUUCUCCUGCAGCCUCGACAAAACAAUAAAAAUCUGGAACCAACAGGGCACGUGCCUAAAGACGCUGUCCGAACAUUCGCGGUACGUUAACUGUUUGGCCAUCAACAGCGAUUCGUCGGUGAUUGCGUCCGGUUCGAACGAUCGGACGGUGGUAGUGUGGGAUUUAACCAGCAGGUUGAGCUUGAACUCACACAUCACCGGCAUACGAUCGUUGCUGUUCUCGCUCGCCGUGAAGACGGCUGACAUUCCGCUUGAGUUUACCUGUCCGAUCACGCAUGAGCUGAUGAAGGAUCCUGUUUACGCGGAAGAUGGUUUCACGUACGAGCGGUCCGCUAUAAAGGAAUGGUUCUCCAGAGAGAAAGCCAUUUCACCAAUGACCAAUCUGGAGCUGUCUACCGACGAGUUGGUGGAAAACGGUAAACUUAAGCAGCAGAUCGAGGAUUACAUGCGGUCCCUGGAUACGGAUGUUGGAGAAGUGAAAUGAUCACGCACUCCUGACAUCCUCAAGCAAUUCUUUCAGUGCCUUUCCUACAUGGAGUUAAAAAUGUUCUGUGUUUUUUUCUUUUAUUGCCAUCAGAACGGCCAAGCCUUAUAUCUGAAGAUGUUCUGUUAAUGUUGUAACUUUUUGUUCGUUAUGCUUUUUCAAACAUUGUUCAUGUUCUACUUCAGAUGUGUUUAUUCACCUCUUCUUUUCGUAUCUAUACCUCAGUGUGUGUUUUUAUCCUUAUCGAUGGACAACAGCAUUGCGUUAAUGUAACAGAAAUCGAUAACCGUAGUGUUCUUUUUUAGCCAUUGUGUUGCACGAGGUGCCGAUGGGCGAUAAGAUGUGAUAGAGAGCGAACGCGCUUUAUUGCGCCACGUAACAUAUAACUCCAACACGUACGCAGCGAACACACUUCAUCGGGAACACCUGAUAUCUCUAGUAUUGGUACCGUUGCGACGUGCUAAAUCAUUGUACUUUCGAGUUGAGGUAUUAGAAAACAACUGCACAUACUCUGAUAAGGGAGCCUUCCCUCGCCCCUCUCCCUGCAGCACCACCAUUUCUUUUUGGAAACCGUUUUUUCAAUAGCCAUCGCUGCUACUUUGUAAUGCUGCUGCACUGCGUCCGGUGUGUGUUGAAAUGAUAUUUUAAGUGCCUGCAAAACUUGUUAACCUGAACGAUAAAUAAAACAUCAAGUUGCAAUGACGUGUACACGUGCAGAACAGUCGCAUGCUCUUCAUCCCAGUGGUCUACACAACCGUGCACGUGUCCGG